GAAAAAGGCCAGCCGCUGGUUGGUUCGCCCGCGAGGCUUCGCAUCUCGAUUGCGUUUCUGACAACUUCAACUCUCAGCCGCUGUGCUAUUUGGCCUUUUGUGCACUGCAACAGGAGGCGACAACGCGCGCUUUUCGGCGUCAUUCACUGCUAUUAAUCCACCGGAGACUGCGGGGAUCCUGCUGGAGAGCUCCAGAGAGGUGAGAGGCGAAGAUGCCUAGCCGGAGAUCAGGUCGCGCGGCGGCCAAAAAGGCUGCUGCUGCUCUUGGGAGCACGCCCAAGGGCUAUGCCGAUCUCGAGGACGAGCCUAUGCCAGAUGUCCGCGCCAAUGCUUCCGCGGACGAGAAGGACGAAGACGUCGAAGAGAACGAAGCAGCAGAAGAGGAGUCCGGCGACGAUGACGCAGAGGUCGCAGACAAGGACGACGAUGGCGAUGAUGACGAUGAAUCAGAAGCUUCUGCAAAGGAGCCAACGCCGCCGCCAGAGCCUGUGAUCCGUCGAAAACGAUUGGGCCGCCCUCCCAAGAAUCGACCGCCCGACUGGGAUAACAUGGUGACCGUCACAAAGGAAGAGGCCGAUACACCGCGUCGCAGAGGUCGCGGAGGAUGGAGAGGACGAGGUGGUCGCAAGGGAGGUCCUGCUGCGCCAAAGGCCGAGCAAGUGAUUGACGCCGAGGGCACGGUUGCCGACAUUGUCGACGACGAAUGCGUCCUCCCUGAGGACCCAGAGGGCGAGACCAAGGUUGACAAGCUGGGCAAUCUGCUAGAUGGAAGAGACUACCGCUGUCGAACAUUCAAGGUGCUCGGUCGAGGCAACCGACUCUAUAUGUUGUCAACAGAGCCGGCGCGAUGCGUGGGUUUCAGGGACAGUUACCUCUUCUUCACGAAGCACCGCAAGCUGUACAAGAUUAUCGUUGAUGACGACGAGAAGCGCGACAUGAUUGAGCGAGAGAUUAUCCCCCACUCGUACAAGGGCCGAUCAAUAGGAAUUGUCACGGCUCGGUCAGUGUUUAGGGAGUUUGGCGCCCGGAUUGUCGUGGGCGGAAAGCGCAUAGUUGACGACUAUGCCGUCACUCUGGCCCGCGAGGAGGGUGCCGUCGAGGGCCAGCUCGCCGACCCAGACGAUCACUUUGUGCCGGGAGAGCCAUACAACAAGAAUCAGUAUGUUGCGUGGCAUGGUGCCAGUGCGGUAUAUCACACCAAUACACCUUCCGUACCGAUACCCAGUGGUAAGGUUGAGUCGAAGAAGCGCAAGGUAAACGUCAAUGACACAAACUGGAUGCUGGAGCAUGCACGAGAAGCAAGCGCAUUCAACGCGGGCAUCAACGCCAUCAGAAAGCUAAAUAACGCUGGCGUUUAUGACAUUCACACAAACAUCAUGCAGUAUCCAGCCUCCAUGCAGCCAACAGUUGCGCGCAUCGAGCAAAUCUCGCCCCAAGACCAAGAAGCCGCCAAAGCCGACCCCGCGUUCCCCCCUGUGCCCCUGAAGAUGGCCAGAAACUUUGCGGUUAUCGAUACUUACUUUGAGACACCAGCGGCAGGCGGAGCUCCAGCUGCAGUCGAGAAGUCUGACCCAGCAGAUUUUGUUGCGCAGUUCAACGGAUUAGGUGCUGUGUCAGAUGACAUCAAGGAUUUACUGCCAGCGGAAUGCCGAGAGGCAUUUGACAAGGCUCUGCAAAGGGAGACGGACUGGAGAUCACGCUGGGGACUGGAAGCUACGCACAUGUCACGGAAGGAUCCGAUUAUCGACAAGGCCAUCGUUCCGUAUAACAUGACGGGAUGAGGUUGGGGCUAGUUCAAUGGAGGGCUAUGAAUUUUGCGAUUGAAUUUUUGUAAACGGAGCUUUCUUUUCUUCUUUUUCUUUUCUUUAUUUUACCCCUGGCUCGUUUUCUUAUUUUUUUUUUUUUUCCCGUAACUACUUAUUACAAAGGAAAAGACGGCCGAAUGCAAAGAUGGCGUUGGGAGUAUGAAGAAAGCAGGCGACGAAAUUUCGCUCGCCGAGGGAUAUCUCGUCUAAGCUAUGGGUAAGGUGCCGGAGCAGGUUUAGGGAGUAGGUAUGUAGUCUUAAUGCAGACGAUGAUGAUAAAGCCUUGUGUAUUACUACUUUCUUUUUGGGUUUCAUAUGACAAGAUUGGCUCUUAUAACGAUGAAAAUAUCUAUCUGGACUGCUGCAGUCGAGUUAUGUCACCUGGGUUCAAGUAAAUACGCAUAGUUCAGGUA